UUACAGAAUUUGAUGUUUCUUAAAGUUGCACCUUAUAUUUUUAAGAAAUAAAAAAAAAAUGUUUGUAAGCUAGGUAUUAGCGUAAAGAAAUUUAUUAACCAUGAAAAAGUAGAAAGUUAUAUGAAUUUAUUAAUCACGUAUCGUAAACUUGCAUUUGAUAAGUGUAAAUAUUGACUAUCGUAUUUAUCUUAUAUAGUUUCUAGAAUCCGCUUUCAAAUAAAUCAAUUUGUUUUAAAAUGUUAAGACCGAAAGUUUUAUCUCAAGUUUUAAGUCAAGCUAAUACCAAUGGUGUCGAAAACACAAUGUAAGUAUUUAUUUGUCAAUAUUUAUAAUUAUCGUUACUUUAUUUGAAGUUAAAAUUAUUAUUAUCCUGUAAUUUAAUUUCACUUAUAUUUUUGCAAUAAAGGCUAUUGACACAUGAAGGAUCUUUAUUGGCAUUUAGUGGUUAUGGUGAUAGAGAUUCACGUAUCACGGCUAUUAUUGCUGCUAAUUUAUGGAAUACAUAUCAAAAAAAUGGUUUAGCCACAUUGAAAGAAGAUCAGUUACAGUUGGUUUUAAUGGAUUGCACGGUAACAAUCUUAAUUUUUUCAUUUUUUGGUUAUAAUAGACUAUUACACUAUACCUUUUCUGCUCCUACACUAUUUCUCUAUAAAUCUCUAUGUGAUUCUCUUAGAUCUUCUUAUAUUAACCAGAUUCCAUGUCAUCUUUAGAAUUCAAUUGAGAUUAAUUUUGCAAUAAUUUUAUAAUUAAUUGAACAAAUAUAUUCCUUCUACACAUUUUGUGGAAAAUAAAAAUAUGUUUAUAAUAUUAUUUAAAUGAAGGUAAAAAUACAGAAAUGAAUAGUUGAAAAUGAACAAUGGAAAAUUGGAAAAUACCGCCACAGUUGCGUGCAAUGUUAAAUGCAUACAGCUGUGUAUUAACAAUUGUAUUUUAUCAUUUUGAUAAUAUAGAUGAAAUUUUAAUGAUGAGCCAAUUAUUUUCUCUGAGAAUUUUAAGGGAAUUUGAUUUUUUUUUUAAUCGUUAUGGAAUUGGUUAAUCUGUAUUUUAAAACCAUUUUUAAUUGUUUACCCUAAUUCAUGUAUCUUAAAUAAGUAUAAACUUUUGUUUUUCAAAUAUAAAUUCCCCUCUAUGAACACAAAUUUGAAUAUAAAAUAUUUUGAUAUGCAUAAUAUUUAAAAAUAUUCUCUAUUCUCUAUUUUAUUUGUGUUCAAAAAGGGCAGUUCCUUUGAAAAACAAAAAUGUAUACUUCUUUAAGAUACAUGGAGUAGGGGUAAACAAUUAAAAAUGGUUUUAAAAUAAAGCUUAACCUAUUUCAUAAUGAAAAAAAAAAACAAAUCAAAUUCACUUAAUUCUCCAAAAAAUUUACUGGUUCAUGAUUAUAAAAUUACCCUGUAUUGUAAUUUAUUCAGAAAUUUCCAUCUAUGUGUAAAAUUUCUAUACACUUAGUAAUUGAUAAACUAUUAAAUAAUUUCAGUUACAUGCUGAAGUCUACUGGUUUAAAUUAAAACCAUAAUAUAUUAUAAUAUUUAUAUUAGAUUACAGUUGAUUUAUACUAUCACAUGUAGAUGGGUAUUUGAUUUUAAACAUCUUUGGCUGGUUUUCCAAAAAGCAACAUCAUUUGUAGGGUUAACAAAAUUUGGAUUUUACAAUUAACACCCUCCCCCCACAAUAAAAAGAAAAUUAUCUUCCAGUUACAACCUUGUAACUGUAGUCAUAAUUUAACAUCAUCAAAUAACAUAAUCAUUCAAAAUAGUAAAAUAUUUAAAGUUUAAAUCGUUUUUUAUGGUAAACUAUAUUUAAUUAAAGAACUGGCCAGUUGCCGGCAGAUAAUUUAAAAAUAUUUUUCUUUCACUGUAAUUUUUGAUAAAUAAAUGAUUGUUUUUUAAAAUUGUUUCAGGAAGGCAGAAUUGCAAUUAAACAAGUAGCAAAUAUUUUAUUAUGUUUAUAUGCUAAUAGAUCAGUCGAAUUUGGUUUACUUAAAGAAAAGAUAACUACUUUGGCCACAUAUUUGGAUGGACCACUCAGGCAAAUAUCAGCAUCUUAAUGUCCAAUUUUUAAAAUUUUUCAUACACCAUAAUUUUUAAUAAUAUUUAUAUUAUAUUUUAUAAUUAUCUUCAAAAGUAAUAUAUGUAUAUAUUAUUAUUAGUAAAUUCAUUUUUAUUUUUUCACAACUUGUAUAACAUCUUCAUCAUGCAUAAUAUGCUGUAAACCAACUCUCUGAGGUGAAUAUUUUGUACUUGUUCCCUGAUAAAAUAAAUAAAUCCAACAUAAAAUCAAAUAAAUUGAUAACUAUUUUAAAGAUAUAAUUCUAUACCCAAACUAAAGCAUAUUUAAACUGUUCUGUUAAAGUACGAUGAAUUGAAUGGCAUACGUGUUCUACAGAAACACCUUUUCUUAAAAUUAAACAGUCAUCAAAAUCUGGAGGUUGCCCAGGCUUCUUAGUAUACACUCGAAUUAAUGAUAAAUAUUGCCAAAGGACUUCCAAUAAAUAAUCAAGGUUUAAUUUCAUAUUACAGCU